AUGUCGUUGUUACUAAAUCUUGACGAUGGUACUUUGUUGCUGUCUGGUCCCGAUAUUGAGAAGAUCUUUAAAAGCUUUCAUCAUCUAGCUUCUCUCGAUCCGACCAUUACUGGUUGGUAUGUUCGUCUGAAAGUAGUGCGUUGUUUCAGGCGUCCACUACCUGCUGCCCAGAAGAUAUUGGGCCUAAUCCUAUCUAAUGAACAUGGGAUGAUGAUAGAGGCGGUAAUUGGCAAGAAAUUUUCUGCUUAUUACGAUGUUGUUCUUGAACAAGGUGAUUGGGUGACAAUCAUGAAUUUUGGUGUUAUUUUGAACUCUGAACUCAUCAGAGCGACUGACCACAAGUUUAAAACCGUCUUCCUCGAAAGCACUGUUUUAAGACCAGCACUCGGUAUUCCUGCCAAUCCGGUUAGCUCCUUAGUCUCUUUCUCUGAUAUUAUGGUUGAUAAAGUGGAUACUUCCGUCUUGGUUGGUGUUGUUGGUGCUAUUCACGAAGUAGGUGACUUAGAGAACGUCUCCCGUAACCGUCAUAAUAUUGAUGGUCUUCGUCUCACUUUUAAAUUGAAAGACAGAGACGGUCUACUUUUGGAAUGUGUGGCCACGCAAUGUGAGGCACUUGAUUUCGAACGUAACUAUCGUCAGUAUACUGGUGUUGUUGUCGUUGCUGUACUUGGUUGGUGGAAGGUUGAUCGAUUUUUCGAUGGCCCCAGAAACCUCAGGCUCUGUACACAUGGACCAGUCUCUACUGUCUUUCCAGACCCCAACAUACUUGAGGCACUAGAAAUCGAAGAAAUGGUUGCAAGGAAUGUUGAGAAUGGAGGCAUGAAUGCAACUACUGUCUAGAUAUGUGGU